UAUCUCUUACCAGAGAGAAUUCCCAACAGAAACAUUGGUCUUACUGUGAAGGGUUCUUCAUACACGGAUGGAGGUCAUUAGCUCAGUACGGGUUAUCAGCUGCCACAUGCUCUUUGAGACCAGUUGUACCAGUUGCAGGGGAGUAACAGCAGGAGAGAGGCCAGGCCCUCAACUGCUGCCUGUGGGCUUCCAGUGGCAUCUGGGGGGACACUGUGUGAAAGAGGAUGCUGGACUAGAUGGGCCUUGGGCCUGAUUCUGCAGGGCUGUUCUUAUAAGACAGGAUCCAGUUAAAAUUUAGGCAGGCUAGGUUCCAGUAAAUAGCCAGAUGGCGCCAGAAUCCCCAGUUCCAGGACUGUUGUGCAGUGAUGCUCUUUAAAAACCUGCCCCCUCUGAUACCCCUUUGGAGUACCGAAAGCUGUAAGGAAAAUCUCUGAGGUAUGGAGACCUCGCCUAACAAAACCCAAAUGUGUAUUCAAAUAUAAAGGAAGGAAUAUAGUGAACGUGUGGCUGCUUUAUGAGAGACCAGCAAUGGUACCUGCCACCUCCAGUACAAAGAAAUUUUCCCGCCUCUAUAUGAAAAAGCUUAAGAUCACUCCUGCUUCUGGGGUGGCCUCCAAGAUGCGGGCAUUGCUCUUGGCAGGUAACUGGAUUGGUGUAUCCUGGAAGACAAACUGAUGAAGACAGCAUCAAAUGCUGUCUGGCAAAGGUGCUGGGGAAGAGCACUUACGUAAAAUGACUACUGUUUCCAAGUAGAAACUUCAGCGUAAGCAGCAAGAACAGAAGAUGGGAGCAGCUGCAGCCCCUUCUUCCAGUAUUAUUCAGUCUGGACAGAAAGGAGCCCUGUCCUACCUGGUGAAACCUUCAGGGAGGAGGACAGUUACUGGGGUCAAGGAAGAGAAACUUUCAUGAACAAAUCGGCUGGCCCAUAUUUUCCAGAGUGAACAGAAACAUACAACGCUCUCUAGUUAGAGGCAUGGAUGUGAAGCUAUACAUUUGCUAGAAUCCUGUUCUAGGGGCACAGUCAUUCAGCGUAUCUAGAAAUCUGACCCCAUACAGGUACUUUGGGUGCACCUGAUCCUUUGGAGGAAUGUUCAUAUGGGGUGAAGGUGUGCGUCUGUGUGGAGAAAGCAGCAGAGGAGCAAACGGCUCUGAAAACUCACAGCUUCUUCUAUCUUUGAGGCGCCUUUCUGGGAAAUCUGGAAGCUCUGCUCUCCCUUUAACCCUUGGAACAGGGCUGAGCAAACCUCUCCCUCCAGCGGCUGGUGAACUACAACCCCCAUCAUUCCCAGAGCCGCCUCUCUAGGAACCUCGAAGCUCUGCUCUCUCUGCCCAGCAAGCCAAGGCAAGAGGGCAGGCAAUCGCUCCUCUUCAGAGGAAGGAAGUAGCCCAAGAGAGGCAUUUGCUUAGGGAGAUUCUUGUUUAAAAAAAAAAAGGGGGGGGGACGACACCCAGGGGAGAGAGGCAUAUCUCGGGGCUCCCCACUCCCACCUUCCUGCCUUGCACUUCCUUCUCUGGGAGCCAGGCCCCUUCCACGUGCACUUUGCAGACCUCGGAAGCUUGGAGGGAGCCGCUGAUGCUGCAGGAUUAUCUCCCCCAACCGCGCCCCAUUUCUCAAUUAGAAGCAAAGUUUUGCAGCUAAAUUAAGUGCUUAUUUAGAGAGAGAGAAAUAACUUGACAAGAAAGGCUCUUUGGGCAUAUGAGGCUAACUGCUGUUCUAAGAAGAUCUUCUGGCUGCAUUGGAAGUUUCAUUGGGAUCAAAGAAAAAAAUGGAUUUGCAAAGCCCAGUAAGUAAUGAAUCAGGGUUGGGAGCAGAAAUAGAACCCCAAAACAUCCAGGCUGGGAGUGGCAAGGAAUUCUGGGAAAGAACAGUGCAAAAGAUCCUGGAAGGAGACCCCACCAGCACCGAUGUCGAAUGCCAGAUACUCAGGCAGUUCCCCUACCAGGAGGCUGAAGGACCCAGAGACCUCUGCAGCAGACUCCACACCCGUUGCCAUCAGUGGCUGAAGCCCGAAAAGCACACCAAAGCUCAGAUGCUGGACCUGGUGAUCCUGGAGCAGUUCCUGACUGUCCUGCCCCCGGAGAUGGAGAGCUGGGUCAGAGAGUGCGGAGCGGAGACCAGUUCUCAGGCGGUGGCCCUGGCAGAAGGUUUCCUCCUGAGCCAGGCAGAGGAGAAGAGACAGGAGGAGCAGCAGGCACUGGGCAUGUUAGCCAACAUGGCCACGGAUCCCCUGCAGGCAGAGAAGGGUCCGUCAGACACCAGGCACAGUCUGCUCUUCAGGGGGAUCCUGCGGGAGGAGGAGGAGGGGGAUGGAGGAACCACCUCACUGGGCUGUGAAAUGUCCUUGAACAUUCUCUCUAGGCCUUCUCCUCUUGGUGAUGGAGAGGAAAGUGUUGCUGUGCGGUCACCAGAUCAGGGACCCGUGUCCUUUGAGGAGGUGGCUGUGUGUUUCUCCGAGGAGGAGUGGGCUCUGCUGGAUCCUGGCCAAAGGGCUCUGCACAGGGAAGUCAUGGAGGAGACUUCUGGGCAUCUGGCCUGGCUGGGUAAUCAGAGGAAGAACAGAAAAAAGGAGGAAGCAUCAAGGAGAAAAACUGAAGAGAAGGAGAAGAAGAAUUUGGCAGUUUCUGAAGGGACAGACUUCCAUGCAAUUCCAGCUGAAGAUAAGACUAGUAACCACACUCUGAGUAGAAGCAUCUUAACUAAUAAAUCACACCUAGGUGCAACUCACAGCAUCCGUACAAGAGUGAAAGCAUAUCAAUGCACAGUGUGUGGGAACUGCUUCAGGAAUUGGUUGAACUUGUAUGAACAUCAAAAAACCCAUACAGAAGAGAAACUAUGCUUGGACUGUGGAAAGAGAUUCAGUCAUGACACUGCCCUUGCUGUCCAGCAGUGUGUCUGCAAAGGGGAUACAUGCUCCAAAUACAGAAAGAACUACAAUAUCAUAGAUAAGCUUCCUUCCCAUCAAAGUUGCCACGUAGGACAGAAACCCUAUGCAUGCUCAGAAUGUGGAAAGAGCUUCAGUUGGAAGUCAAACCUUUCUUCCCAUCAAAGAAUCCCCACAGGGGAGAAACCAUUUACAUGCAGUCUUUUUGUCCAUCAAAGGAUCCACACAGGGGAGAAACCUUAUAUGUGCUCAGAGUGUGGAAAGAGCUUCAGUGAGAAGGACAAUCUUUCUGUUCAUCAAAGAUUACACACAAGGGAGAAACGAUAUACAUGCUCAGAGUGUGGAAAGAGCUUCAGUUGGAAGUCAAACCUUUCUGCUCAUCAAAGAAUCCACACUGGGGAGAAACCUUAUAUGUGCUCAGAGUGUGGGAAGAGCUUCAGAAGGAAGGCCCAUCUCUCUGGCCAUCAAAGACUACACACAGGGGAGAAGCCAUAUACAUGCUCAGAGUGUGGAAAGAGUUUCAAUCAGAAGAGCAGUCUUUCUGCUCAUCAGAGAAUCCACACAGGGGAGAAACCUUAUAUGUGCUCAGAGUGUGGAAAGAGCUUCAGACAGAAGGAUAAACUUUUUGUCCAUCAAAGAAUCCACACAGGUGAGAAGCCUUAUAUGUGCUCAGAGUGUGGAAAGAGCUUCGGACGGAAGGACAAACUUUCUGUCCAUCAAAGUAUCCAUGCAGGGGACUGUAGUGAGUAGCCUGCCAGCACUGAUGGAGUUAACAGGAAAAGAACCCAUGACCUUUAUUGACAGACUGGCAACCCUAGGGCCUGACCAAUCAACCAGGCAGGCAAGACUAGAGGGUAAUGCUAUAACCUGGGACUCCAGUUCCCAUAAAACUACAUUUAACUCAGAACAACACUACAUACAGGCCCAAGGCCUGGACCUGAGCACAACCAUUUCGUGACCAAAUAUUAAACUCUUAAGUUACCUUUAGAAUAUAGUGGGGCCCUCCCUUCCCUUCCUUUCUUCACACCAGAGCUGUCUCUGAACUUCUGGAAUGUAAAUUAGAAUUGCUAGCUUCACUCCUCCUCUGCACAUAUCUUAGUCUUGGAGAUAAGGAAGUGCUAGCCAUACAGACAUAGUAAAACAAGUGUUACGAAAGCAUAGCCAAAAGCAAUAAGAGUGAAACUGUGACUAAAAGGGUUGAUCAACAUCUGAGACCACCAAAUGCCAAUUACCAUGUCAAUAGUUUGUUGUUUGAUGUCAACUGGAGAUUGAUCUACGUAUGUAAUUGCUCAUGUGUCCUCUUUCAGUGUAUUGCUAUGUCAUGGAUGGGUAGAACAAAGAACUUAGAAAUGUAUAAGUAGUUCCUUAAAGCUCUGUACCCCUUUACAACUGAUUUGGGCGCUGCCUCGCCCCUGUUGUCUUAAUGAAUCUGCAGCAGUAAAUCCUAUACACUUUUC